UCACCGCCGGCGAAAUCACACUCUAUGAACUUUAUUCUCGCUGUUGUUCUUCCGUUCCAUUUACCAUAUAAUAAACCAAAUUUAAGUCCACGUCAGCAAUUCUAACCACACUGUAAAAAAACAAAACAUCAUCGCUCCCUGAGAGCAAAACCCUAAUCGUCGAUUCUGCUACAUUCUUCCGGAUUCUCAGCUGCUGAAAUCUCCGUUUUCAUGGGCUUCUACAGCCAUCACGUCCUUCCUCAUUCUUGCCAUCGAUCAAGCUCUUACUUUCUCAGUUCUCAGUGUCGAUAGAUUCUCUUCUUUGGUUUAGCUGUUCCACUCUCUGAUUUUACUUAGCUUGAUCCUUCCGAAUGUGAAAAUGUUUCUGUUAUGUUUAUCUGAAAUGUGGACUCAUGAAUCUGGAAUUUGAGCAAACAAGGGUUUCUUCCGAAUGUGAGCUUGAAUGCUUACAAAUUUUGAAUCUUUUUGUUUAUUUGUUUGCUCUCUUCAUUUUUUAAUUGAUCUGGUCACCUGAAAUGAGUUAAGUUCGACUUAUAUAGAAGCUAUGUUCUGCAAAUCCACAUUGAUGAUUUUACCAUUUUGUUAAUUUGGAUGAAGUUGAUCCAUCAAGAAACACUUUAAGACUUAUAAUUGUUGGACUUGAUCUGACUUUCUUUUUGGGUACUGACCAUUUAUGCUGACAAUUUUGUAUUGAUUCAAUAUCAUUUAUGGUGUCAGAUGGUUGUUGUUUUUCUAUCUCUGAUUGUUGUUAUAUGGGUGGCUUCUUUCUUCAAAAUUUUCUUCCGAGCUACAUCUAUCUCCAGAGCCACUAUUCUUGAUGAUGGGAAGAAAAAUGUGAUGUUUGUUAUCGCACAUCCUGAUGAUGAGUCAAUGUUCUUUUCUCCAACAAUAAACUACUUCACUUCCACUGCCUGCAAUCUUCACAUCUUAUGCUUCUCCACUGGUAACGCUGAUGGUAUGGGAAGCAUUAGGGACCAAGAGCUGCAUCGGGCAUGUGCGGUGCUCAAGGUUCCGCUUCAACAGUUAAAGAUUCUGGACCAUCCAAAUUUGCAGGAUGGUUUUGGGCAAUUAUGGAGCCACGAUUUGCUAACAGAGAUCAUCGAAGAAGAAGUCACUAAUCACUAUAUCCACACAAUAAUAACAUUCGAUAACUAUGGUGUUUGGGGUCAUUGCAAUCACCGAGAUGUGCAUCGUGGAGUAUUAAAGUUCUUGCAGACUAAUUCAGGAAGAAAUGUCAAAGCUUGGGAACUUGUAAGCCUUAAUAUCUUUCGCAAGUACUGUGGACCUGUCGACAUUUGGCUGUCUAUUUUAUCCGCCAAAAGACAUCCGAGUAAGGUAAUCAUCAUAAACAAGCAGCCUUGGAAAAGCUUCAAAGCAAUGGCACAACAUUUAAGCCAGUGGGUUUGGUUUCGGAAGCUUUUUGUUUUGUUUUCAAGCUAUACAUAUGUGAAUACACUUGAUAGAAUCAACCCUGAGUCAAACGAGCUCUUGUAGAGUUGUUGUAGCUCGUAAUGUUGGAUCAUUGAGACAAGUCAUUGAUAUUUUACUUUUUCAUUUCUUGUUGUCACACUAGUAUAUCACAAGAAGGUAAGUGUUCU